AUGUUUGGUGCUAAAGACAUUCCAAACAUUCGGAAGUUAUUUCAAGAGGCAGAUGUUGAUGGAAGUGGAGCCUUAGACUUGGAGGAAUUUUAUGAAGUAAUUCAGAAGCUAUACGGUUCUGUGAGCAAAGAAGAAAUCUUUGCCCUCCACAUGAAGAUCGACACAAACUGUGAUAACACUGUGGACUUCGGCGAGUUACUGGCCUUCCUCUUAAAGAAAAACAAGGCUUCACAAUGUAUGGAAUAUAAAAACUCUGUCUUUCCAAAACCUUUUAAAUCUUUGCCCGUUGAUUGUAACAAAACAAUCGUUAAGAUGUUAUUUCGUUCCUUCGACAAAGAUAUGCGACCCAGUUCAGCAGGACAAGUCAGGCCUUACAACAAAGGUCAGUACCUCUCCAUCACCUCGACUGGCCUCCUGACCUUCUGGACUGAUGGGUUCAAGGACAAAUAUACAGUGGAAUUAACAAAAACAGAAAAAACACCUGUCUAUUCACAUGUUAAGAAAAUGAAUGUGACUGACAUGGUGUACAUGGACGAACUCAAAAUGCUGGCUGUCUCCAAUACUGGACGGGAACUGUUAUUCUACACCUGCGAAGAGCUCCCUUCGUUUUUUAAAAUAAGAGAGGCUUUAAUUGUUGACCAAAAAGUGACUUGUAUGAACUAUUGGAGUGAUGGCACUAAAGCCGUGUUUUCUUUUGGUGACGAGAAAGGAUCUUUCUUUGUUUUCAUUUCUUACAAUAUCAUGGUCGGGGGCCUCUUCUGCAGAGACUGUUAUGAGACUGUCUCUCUACGUGAAUAUCCCACAAUUUAUGUAGAGCAUCUUUUAGAAAACUACUCCAAGAAAAGUUUUUCAUGCCAGAAAGUCUCCAUCUUUAAUGAUGAGUGCAGUCUGAUCAAGUACUUUCCACCGCUUCAAGCACAUGCCAUCUGCAGCGUGUCAUCCAAGAGCAUGGUCCUCGCUGGUCUACCCAAGCCACCCAGAAACAACAUCUCUACAAGCCUCUUUACAAGCAGAGGAAAUAUGGAGUUUUUCACCUGUGUUGACUACUCCUCUACGCUUGACCGUCUGGUGACUGGUGGUACAAAUGGCCUAUUGCAUGUGUGGUUACCCAACAAAACUCUUUUUUUCGAGCACAAAUUAAAAGGACAUGUCUCACCCGUUACCCACAUUAUGUUCAAUCCUAAGGACAAAGUGUUCGUCAGUUUGUCUAAGGACAGGAACGUACGUGUGUGGUCUGAGGAUGGCUGGGUGUGUAUCCAAAGCUUCCAGGUUGAAGGCAUAGGACCAGCCCCAAUCUCAGGUGUGUAUUAUAACACACACAACAAUGAGUUACUCAUGGCUAACUCAGAUAUAUCCAAAUGCAUUGGAAGAGGAACGGAUGUUUUUCAUAGUACAUUGACAUCCCAUGACCAUCCCCUGUGCUGUGCUCUCUAUCACAGCAUUUACAAACAGGUCGUCUCUGUUUGCCAAAAUGGUGUGGUGACAGUCUGGGAUAUCUUAACCGGAAAGGCUGUCAUGGAGUUCAAGGUCUCUCCAGCUGAGCAUAUGGGGCACACUGCCAUGUCAUUUGAUACAAGCCAGCGCAGACUAAUCACUGUUUGUGAUGGAGAUGGCAAAGUGAAACUGUGGAACUUUAACAAUGGAACAGAGCUUGCCAGUGUUCCUGUUACCGCGCCAAAGGAGGUGACAGGUAUUGUCUGCAUGGAGGAGAGGGUGUUUCUGGCUGGAAAGAAAUCCAAUAUUAUUUAUGACCUGGACAUCGAUGGAUUUGACCACAGAUUUUUGAAGCAUGAUUUUUUAAAUGACAUUUCCUCAAUGGAUGCCCACGGAACUACUCUGCUUACUGCCUCCAGCAAUGGAAAUAUUGUUGUCUGGGAUGUGGAGACUGCCAUGGCUAUCUACUGGCUCAAUACCCGAGAGAACCCUCGAAUAGAAUUUACGGGUAGACGAGAUCUUGGCGUUGCAGGGAUUCUGCCUGUUGAAAAGAGUCAAGAGAAAACGAAGGACACUGGGAAACGAAAAGGCCAGGCUCUUAAAAAAACCCCUACACAUCUGACUCGGAAUAAGAAAGUUGCGAAUAUCAGCCCUCCUAUUAUAUGUCUGAAGACCAGGCAGGUCACUGGUGACACAGCCACACUGCUGACUUCUGCAGAGGGCUAUAUCUGUGCUUGGUCUGUUAUUAGCAAGGGAGGUCUGUUAGUAAAGUUCAGGGCAGUGAAUGAUGAAGAUGCAGUCAUUACCAGCAUGGCGACUGAUGACAAAGAAGAGAUAUUAGUCACUGGGGAUAGCACCGGAAGGAUUUGUCUCUGGGACAUUCAGAGAUUUGGAUUUAAAAGAAAGGCAGACAAAGGGCCAGUUGAGCAUAUAAAAGGGUGGUGUGUGUCAUUGUGUCCACCUCCUCUGUUGAGUUCCUGGCAAGCUCACCAUGAAGGGGUGGUAAGUAUUCAGUGGAACUGUAAGUGUAAAAACAUAAUUACUGCGGGGUUGGACUGCAAUGUUUGUCUAUGGACAACCACAGGCCGCAACAUAGGCAUCUUCGGGAAAGACAAAUGGGAUGCUAAGCAACUGCUGGAGGAGUCUCCGAGCUCAUCAUCAUCCAGAUCAACACGACCAAACCUUGAGGACUUGGCCAACAAAAUUGAAGCAAAAUGGAAUAUACGAAAAGGAGCAUUUGACGGCAAACAAGAUCUCCAGCUUUAUAUGGAUAUUAAGAAAAUUCAAGAGAAAGCAAGGAAAAUGAAAGCCAAGAUAAGGGCCCUAUAUAACAAUUUUAAAGACCAUCAGGAUGAAUAUGAGCCAAAGUAUGUGCACUUGCCACCCAUCGAUAAAGGGGCUGGACUCACACACAAUCAGACCUAUUUUAAGCCACACCCACCUAACGCCCCACUCAUCAGACAUGGCACUACAGGAAAUACGUUAAAAAACCCUGUCCCACCAAACACGUUGCCAGGCAAGUGCAGGUCUGAGCAAACACCACAACGUGUGCACUUGCCACCCAUCCAUAAAGGGGCUGGACUCACAUGCAAUCAGACCCAUUUUAAGCCACACCCACCUAACGCCCCACUCAUCAGACAUGGCACUACAGGAAAUACGUUAAAAAACCCUGUCCCAACAAACACGUUGCCAGGCAAGUGCGGGUCUGAGCAAACACCACAACGUGUGCACUUGCCACCCAUCCAUGUGAGCCAGACGAGGUCCAAAUUUGUACGCUACAAGACUCAGCAAGAAAAUGCGUUAAAAGGAUGUGUCCUCAUACCACGUCCCCCAAGCAGGUUGCCAGACAAGCAUUGGUCACUCACUAAACCACCCUGA